AUUUUUGAUUUAUUAAUAAUUUUAAUUGGAAUAAUUAUUUUAAUUUUGGGGGUUUUAAUUGGGGUUGCUUUUUUGACUUUAUUGGAACGAAAAGUUUUAGGUUAUAUUCAGAUUCGAAAAGGUCCUAAUAAGGUGGGUUUUAUAGGUUUAUUACAGCCUUUUUCUGAUGCUAUUAAGUUAUUUACUAAAGAAAGAACUUAUCCUAAUUUUUCUAAUUAUUUUUGUUAUUAUUUUUCUCCUGUUUUUAGAUUUAUUUUAUCAUUAUUACUUUGAAGUUUAAUUCCUUAUAUAUUUAAUUUAAUUUGUUUUAAUUUAGGUAUUUUAUUUUUUUUAUGUUUAACUAGUUUAGGUGUUUAUAUAGUUAUAAUUGCUGGUUGGUCUUCUAAUUCUAAUUAUGCUUUAUUGGGUGGUUUACGUUCUGUAGCUCAGACUAUUUCUUAUGAAGUAAGAAUAGCUUUAAUUUUUAUAUCUUCAAUUUUAUUAAUUAUAUGUUUUGAUAUUUAUUUUUUUUAUUUAUAUCAAGAAAUAGUUUGAUUUAUAUUUAUUAUAAUUCCUUUAUUUUUAUGUUUUUUUUCUUCUUUAUUAGCUGAAACAAAUCGAACUCCUUUUGAUUUUGCUGAAGGUGAAAGAGAGUUAGUUUCUGGAUUUAAUAUUGAAUAUAGAAGAGGGGGAUUUGCUUUAAUUUUUUUGGCUGAAUAUUCAAGUAUUUUAUUUAUAAGAAUGAUUUUAGUUAUUAUAAAUAUGGGCGGUUAUAAUUUAAGAUUUUUUUUUUAUUUAAAAUUAAGAUUAAUUUCUUUUUUAUUUAUUUGAGUUCGUGGUACUUUACCUCGUUAUCGUUAUGAUAAGUUAAUAUAUUUAGCUUGAAAAAGAUAUUUACCUAUUUCAUUAAAUUAUUUAUUAUUAUUUUUAGGCUUAAAAUUUUAUUUAUUUUAA